CGGCUCAACACUCGCAGUAGUCACUUGUCCUAAAACCAAUCCCAAGAUGAUUCCAGCUUGGUCCAUAAUACUUCUGCUGGUGUUGGUAACGCUGGCUUCCGGAUCGGAUCUUCGAGACUCAUGUAACAGAUGCGGUUAUCGCACUGGAAACCAGAUCCAGUCCCAUUCGCACUGUACUUCACGGAACGGAUCUCCGAAGUACUUCCGCGAUGGCCAAGACUGUGGUAAGUUCUACGAGUGCAAUCGGGGUACCGCAUACGAGUUCCUGUGCUCCGAAGGACUAGCAUUCAACGAGGACACCAAAGUAUGUGAACAGGCCUCCAAGGUGCAUUGUUCGGGUGUGAAUCCCAGCGACAAUAACUACGAGAUUCCGCGAGCUAGUGGAGCAGGACAGAACCGAACGUGCAAUAUUUGCCGCAAGGCUAAGCAAUCCAUCCCACGACAUGCUAACUGUCCGAGAACCAACGGAUACUAUCCAACGAUGUUCCGGAACGUUAAGGAUUGUACGCAAUUCUACCAGUGUGAUCACGGCACAGCUUAUCUCAUUCAGUGUCCAGCAGGAUUACACUUCAACACACGGCUAAAUGUUUGCGACUAUCCGCGGAACGUGGACUGUUCCGGACCCGCAAUGAGCACCGAAUCUUCCGCCGGGUCUACUGGUGGCAGUCACGGUGGUGUCUCGCCAUCGUCUUGUCACGUCUGUCAGAAUGCGAAACGAGUAAUCCGUAAUCACCCUAAGUGUCCCACCAGAAACGGAUACUAUCCAGUGAUGUUCCGUCAUGAAACGGAAUGUUCAAAGUACUACAUGUGUGAUAAUGGUGUUGCGUUCGAGAUUGUGUGUCCCGCUGGGUUGAAUUUCAAUACCGCGAUCAGCGUGUGUGAUUAUCCGGAAAAUGUGGACUGUUCCGGUUCGGGCGCUCCAUCGGCUGUUCCGAGCGAAACACCGGCAGUCGUUGAACCGGAACAGAAAAUUCAUCCCAACUGUCCGACCAUUACCGAAGAGCAGGAGGCCGCCUAUUGGGCACAUCCGCGCGACUGCGGUAAAUACUUUGGCUGUCGGUGGGGAUGUGUAGAAUUGUUCAGCUGCCCCGAAGGACAUCGUUGGGAUGAUGCUAAGAAGGGUUGCGUAGCGGAAAAUUUGGUAGAGUGUGAAAAUGAUGGAUACUAA